AUGAAGAAAAAUAAACUCCUUGGAGGAAAUUGGAAAAUGAGCUCGUCGUUACAGACUUUCGAUAUAGUCAAAAACUUCAAAAAGAACUUCUUUGACGGGAACGACGUGUUCAUAGCAGUUCCAUUUCCCUAUAUCCACACAGCAAGAAUGAAAUUUCCAGAAUACAUCAAGGUUGGGGCGCAAGACUGUAGUCGGUUCAGAAAUGGGCCGUAUACAGGUGAAGUCUCUGCAGCAAUGGUAAAGGAAAUGGGUGCUGAGUAUAUAAUAAUAGGUCACUCUGAAAGGCGUAAGUGGUUUGGGGAAACUUCAGCGGUUAUAUUGGAAAAGAUAAGAAAUGCCAGGAGUGAAGGUUUGAACAUCAUUUUAUGUAUAGGAGAGGAUGAAGAGUGUAGAGAGGAUGGAAAGUAUCUAGACGAAUUAAGGAAUCAGUUACUUUCGCUAAGAGAGGAGAUGUGUGGGGAAGACAUUGAUAUUGCAUAUGAACCUGUGUGGGCAAUAGGAACAGGAAAAGUUCCCACUAAUGCCCAGAUUAAGGAGAUAGUUUCAAAUAUAAAGAAGUGGGGUAAAGACAUGAAGUUUAAUGGGCGUGUAAUAUAUGGAGGAUCUGUCUCGAUGCUUAACUGUCAGGCGAUUCUCGACGUAGAAGAAGUUGAUGGAUUCCUAAUUGGGGGAACCUCCCUGAAGAUGGACUUUUGUAUGAUAUCUAGCGAGAUGGGGACAAAGAAAUAG